AUGGACGGUGAAAUAUUCCAUAUUUUGGAAAUAGAUCUACCAUUGGGAGAUGGAACUUUUAAAAGGUUUUGGUACGGCUCAAUAUCGACAGAUGAUGGAAUUGUUAAGAUGAGCAGAAUCGAGGACCUCAAAAGUUGGGAAUUUUACAUUUACGGGAGAUCUGAAGAAAUUUCAAGUAGAGACAAAAUCAAACCCAAAAAUGAAGAAGUUAAAAUAAAAAUCGGGAAGGAUUACGGCAAAAAUAGGAGAGAACCGUUUAUAUUAAGAUAA